CCGUCCCGCGCCCCAGCGGGAGGCGCGUGACGCCAUCCCGGCGCGCCGCGCGGCCCCGCCGUGCCCGCAGCAUGGCCGUGGCGCGGGAGCCGCCGCCGCCCGCCGCCGCCAUCCCCUCCUUCGCGGCGGCCCGCGGGCUGGUGGGCGGCCGGUACUCCUGCCUGGUGGCGGCGCCGCACCGCCGGCACGUGGCGCUGCCGCCGCGCUACCUGGGCCGCAAGCGCAGCGGCAUCCGCGCGCAGCUGGACGCGGAGCUCCUGCGCUACUCGGAAAGCCUCCAGGGUGUGCCCGUGGCUUACGACAACAUCAAGGUGGUGGGUGAGCUCGGGGACAUUUACGACGACCAAGGGUUCAUCCACCUGAACAUCGAGGCGGACUUUGUCAUCUUCAGCCCCAAGAAAGGGAAAAAACUGGUGGGUGUCAUUAAUAAAGUGGCCCCUAGUCAUAUUGGCUGCCUGAUACAUGGAUGCUUCAAUGCUUCUAUCCCUAAACCUGAACAAAUGUCGAUUGUACAGUGGCAAGAGCUGGGGUUAAAAAUAGGGGAUGAGCUGAAAUUUCAAGUACUGCACUUGGAUUCUGAUGCAGCUGGAGUGUUCUUCAUUCGAGGAGGACUCACAAAAAGCAGCAUGAAGCCCAAACAAUCUGAGACCAUCACUGACAAUACAAAUGGAGAUGAAAGUCAACAUUUUGACCAUCAGGAAAACGGCUUGAAUGACUGUGGGGGAGAUAAUGUCACAGAGGAGCCUCUAUGUGAGAUGGAUAACAGUGGGGGGCAAAAUACAGAAGAGCAAAGUGCUGAUGCUGUGAAUGGAGUAUCUGAUGAGAAGAAGAAGAAGAAGAAGAAAAAGAAAAAACAUAAGCAGGAAGAACAGGAACAUGUAUUGCCUACUAGUGACUCCAGUGGUUACCAAAGUGACCACAAAAAGUCAAAGAAAAAGAAAAGAACGCAUUGUGAAGUUGAAGAAAGUGAAUUAUCUCAGCUGUCACAAGAACCCAAAGCUAAAAAGAAAAGGGACUAAAGUCUGAAGUGCCUUUCUUGAAAUAAGAUGUGGACGUUUUUGAUAAGCUCCCAAUAAAAUCCUGUUUUAAAAAUGUA